CCGCCCCCCGCCCCGCCGCCCGGACGAUGCUCAAGUCCCGGCUCCGCAUGUUCCUGAACGAGCUGAAGCUGCUGGUGCUGACGGGCGGGGGGCGGCCCCGGGCCGAGCCGCAGCCCCGAGGGGGCGGGGGAAGCGGCUGCGGCUGGGCCCCCUUCGCCGGUUGCUCCUCCCGGGACGGCGACGGCGACGGCGACGAGGAGGAGUACUACGGGUCGGAGCCGCGCGCCCGGGGCCUGGCCGGCGACAAGGAGCCGCGGACCGGACCCCCGCCGCCGCCUGCACCGCCGCCGCCGCCCCCGGGCGCGCUGGACGCUCUGUCGCUCAGCAGCAGCCUGGACAGCGGACUCCGAACCCCCCAGUGCCGGAUUUGCUUCCAGGGCCCGGAGCAGGGGGAGCUCUUGAGUCCCUGCCGCUGCGACGGUUCGGUGCGCUGCACACACCAGCCCUGCCUCAUCCGUUGGAUCAGUGAGAGGGGCUCCUGGAGCUGUGAACUCUGCUACUUCAAAUACCAGGUGCUGGCCAUCAGCACCAAGAACCCACUGCAGUGGCAGGCCAUCUCCCUGACGGUCAUUGAGAAGGUACAGAUUGCUGCCAUAGUUCUGGGCUCACUCUUCCUCGUGGCCAGUAUCUCCUGGCUCAUCUGGUCCUCACUCAGCCCUUCAGCCAAGUGGCAACGGCAGGAUCUGCUCUUCCAAAUCUGCUACGGCAUGUACGGCUUCAUGGAUGUUGUUUGCAUAGGCCUCAUCGUCCACGAAGGCUCUUCUGUCUACCGAAUCUUCAAGCGCUGGCAGGCAGUGAACCAGCAGUGGAAGGUCCUGAAUUAUGAUAAGACCAAGGACAUAGGAGGAGAUGCAGGGGGAGGCACUGCAGGGAAGCCAGGCCCUAGGACCUCACGGACGGGCCCUCCUGCAGGGGCAACCAGCCGUCCCCCAGCUGCCCAGCGCAUGCGGACGCUCUUGCCUCAGCGCUGUGGUUACACAAUCCUGCACCUCCUUGGACAGCUGCGGCCACCAGAUGCCCGUUCCAGCUCCCAUUCUGGCCGAGAGGUUGUUAUGCGGGUCACCACCGUCUGACCUGUACUCCAGGAGGAGGAAUCUUAAGUCAGUGGAUCAACCAAUGAUGAGCUCUCAUGGCUGCUGGAGGUGCCACCUGGACAAGGUGGGGUGCAGUGCUUUCACCACUGAGGAUCUUUUUAGGCACCUUCAGGCUGGAGACAUUUUCUAGCCUCUGCUGCCCACUGGGUAGAGACACCUGGAUGACAUUCCAGCCCCCACUGACAGCUCCUCAUACUCAUCCUGAGAUGGCCAGUGAGCGGGAGGAGAGAGCAGCUUUUCUUCCCUGGAAAGAACCGUCUUUACCUCAGCUCCUAGGGCCUUCCAGCCCCCUGGCUCCACCACAGUGACUUAGUGAAGGGGGACCAGUGCCAGAAGAAAGGGGCUGCAGACCCCCAUUCCCCACCCCAUGGCCACAGGGCAUCUGGCAAUAAGACUAGUAUACAUUGACCUCCCAUUCCCUGCAUGAGGGCUGGGGGCUUUCCCCUGCUCCACCCCCCAUUGCAUGGGGGAAGGGCAUAAAGAAUCAUUUAUAUGCACAUGGAGACUCCUUUCUCAUCUGGGGCUUUUCUGGAGGGUUAGGAGCUGUGGGGAGGUUUCUCUGCACAGGUUGCAAGUCCCAAAUGCAGCAGUGUGCUCUGAGUUGGAGGUGUGACUCCCACUUGCUGGUGAAUAAUUCACAUUAGCUGCUAGGUGGCAGUGCUCAGAGGUAUCUAAGGGGUGGACCUUCCACCUGCGAGUUAUAUGAUUUAGAAAAACAUCUCUCAGCUAUGGUUUUCCUGUCUACCUCAUAGAAGUUGGAAUGAGGAUAAAUGAGAGACAGGUUGGAUCCCAUUGCAAAGAGAAUCAUUGAUGACAUAAAAAGAUGGUCUGUUUCAAAUAGUAGCUGGUAUAACACAUUCCAAAAAUGUGUUUUUCAUCAAGAGUUGCACAGAACAUUGGAGUUUUGUGUUGAUUGACAUAAUGCUGUGGAAAUGGGGAAAACAGACAUUACAAAUGUUAAGGAUGUUGGUUAUUUGUAAGAAUGAGAACUCUGACACUAAAUGUUGGGGCCUAGGGGAAGGAUAGAGCCCACUGCCUUCUUGUAGAGAUCAUCUGAGUUCUAGCAGUCCUUCCCAGGUACUGUGCACACGCAGACAGUGGUAGGAAGUGAAUAUGGACUCAUUCAAAGUGAGUUGGAGGGAUGCCUCCCAAUGUUGUAUGUGUCUAGCUCCAGUUUCAGCUAUUUCCGUGGCAGUUCAGGUUCACAGGGCAGAUCCUGGCGUUCCCAGCUAGUAGUGUUAAGUAAAGGUAUUGAGCUUGGAAGUAGCAGCACAGAGGACUGUUUAUAGAGAAAAAGGUUGGGAAGGACUGGUUGAAAAGUGGCUCAGCGGACUGGAGUUGUCAUGAGUGGUAGAGUGCUUGCCUAACCUGCACAAGGCCUUGGGCUCAGUCCCUGCAAUGGGGGACAAAAAGUGGGUCAAUCUGAAGCCUGGUUCCUUUCUUGUAAAGUGUGGGGGCUGUGUAUUAUAUGAAUGAUGGUGUCUUUUAAGUGAACCAUUCAUCAGCAAUUAAAAUAAUUCCUUCAUACAUUGCUAAAAUCAGACCCAGAGGCCUUUCUUAUUAUUGGUCUUUCUCUGAGGGCAGUUCUUGUCCUAUGUGUUCCCUUGGG